CAAAACACGGUGACGAUGUGCGUCAGGGACAGGGAGACGCUUGCCAUCGCAAACUGGAAAAUUUCUGGAUGCCAGGGCAGGGUGGACCCAAGGGGUGGAGUGAGCGUGAGAGGUGCGUUGGUGGCACUGGCGGGGACUGCCAGUAAUCGAUGGGAGAGGAUUUGAUGUCAGACUGCUGACGCAUUUUGUUUUGUUGCUGUUCGGUUCUUUUCGCAUACCGUCAGUCCGGUUGGUCUUGUGUGAGUUAGCAAGAUCGUGUCUGACGAUGUCGAUGGCCAUGGUGGAGUUGGGUUGCGAGAGAAGCAGAUGAACGAGAUGAAGAAAAGAGUUCUUGUGGUGGUUUAAUUGUGUGGGAAGGGGAUUCAGUAUUGUCGCAGCAUCGUGGAAGGGGUUUGUUAGUGAUUUGAUUUGGUUGGCAUUGGAUAUGGAUUUUUGAGGAUGACGGGCAGUGGAAUGAUCGGUAGUGAAGACUGGGCUGGUGUCGAUUUGAAGAAUGGAGGAGAAUGAGAGCAGGGACGUAGGAGAGAGGAGUUUUUGAGGGAAGGACUUCAUGCUGGGAAGCGGGUUGUAGGCAGUGGGUGGAGGAUCAAGAGGUGAAAGAGGACGGCAAGGGUGGGGAGCCAUGGGAUCCAGGGCGGGAAGCAGUCUCCCCUUCCUCAUUGUGUCGCAUGAAGCGGUGGUUGUAAGGGCGGAGGAGUGGCUCACCAUGAAAAAGGAUUCCAGAUAUGGUGACAACUUCGCAGAGAAGCGUGAGCGAGGAGGGGUCAGGAUUGUUAGGCUGGAGAAGGGCGAGUCGAGCUCCAGCGUUGCAGGGCCGCUGGCUUCUUCCGCAGCUGCAGCCGCUAAGCUUCUUGAUGUGGAGAUGAUGUCGGAAGAGACGUCGCAUCCUUUGUCCCCGUCUUACAAACUCGAUGAUAUCGAUAGGGAUGGCUGUUCUGAUCAGGGCGUGAACCAUGCGAUAGAAAGACCAUUGGCAAUUUUGUCUGCUCUUUUGGAAGAAACCCUUGUAAACUUCAGGGAGCAGUACGAACUCUACCUUCGAACGGCAGAAUGCCUCCGCAUUCUUUGUGAGCAUCGAACCGAGAGAAGUUUCCCCAAGGAUUUGGCAGCUGAGCCUGUAAUUAUCCUCGGCAUGCCGCAGAGUCUUACGACUGCUACAGGAAGCGCCAGAGCAAUCCUCCAUGAUUACAAGAGUGGCAUGUUGGAUCUGCUUAUAAAGACAAAUCAGGCCGAGCUUGACUACUAUAUGGAUUGUUUGGCGUGUGCUCCAGCCGUGCUAGAGGAGAAAGUGAAUUCAUGCUUUCCGAGUGCGAUGAUUACCGAGGACGAGGCAGACAAGGCUCUUGCCGAUGACAUGAUCAACUUACGCAAGGAAUGGAACAACCGAGUGGUGGAUGAAUUCAGCGACAAAGCGCUGUCUGUGCAAAUCGAUGUGGCAUCUUUGUACUCCGACACUAGCAUUCGCAUUGUGGCGGAUUUGCUAAAGAAGCGACGCGAGGAAGAGCGACUGGCGCUUAUGCCACUGCAAGACCGCAUCUGGAGUGGGCUACCGGAGGACUUGAUUGACAGGACUCUUGCUUGUCUCCCAGUCCCUAGCUUCUUCCGGUUUCGCUCUGUGUGCAAGCGUUGGAACACUCUCUUGAAGACAAAUCCUUUUCUUGAGCUCUGGUCCACCGUCGUCUCUCAGCAACUCUGGCUGUUUUCCAUUCAUGUGAAACACCCCUCUGAGAUGGUGGCGAUGGCGUACAGCCCUUCCUUGGGGAUCUGGCACACUGUUCCUGUUCCUCAAUAUCUCUCCAAGAUGUACACCUUGGCGUCAGCUGGAGGGCUUCUAUGUUCUGCGGCAUAUACGAACCGCCUGGCUGUUGUUUGUGUUUGUAAUCCCCUGACCACGCAGUGGAAACAUUUACCUAGCAUGCUAUACAUAAAGCGUGUGCAUCUCCUCGGGAUGGUGGUGGACAAAGUUACACGGCAUUACAAAAUUGUCGUCGUGGGGACACAGUCGAGGCAAGACCUUGUGUCUAACACGGAGGUAUAUGAAUCCGCAACUGGGUCUUGGGAAAUCACAGGCAGGGCUUUGGGCUCCUUCACAAGCCAUCGCUUGGUUUAUUGCAACGGGCUUUUCUACAAUCUCUCCGCAACCAGGGGUUGGCCUGUGACGUUGAUUCUUCAUGCGUAUGACAUUGGGCAACAGUCCUGGAGGGAGGAAAUCCGGUCUGCCAUGCUGUUGAAUUUCCAGGCGCCUCCUUCGCUAGUGGAGUGCCAAGGCUCUCUUUUGAUUGUUGGAAGGAUAUCCGAAGACAGCCAUUUUGCUAAACCUAAAGCAAUUCGGCUCUGGGAGCUUCGGGAGAAAGAAACUGGUGGUGAGUGGGUAGAGGUGGUGACCAUGCCACCGGCACUCUUGGAGGAGUUUUGUAAAGAGUGGACACGUCCCACACAUUUCCGAUGCCGAGGGUUAGGGAGCGUUAUUUAUUUUCUGAGCUCACGGGCACUCAUGUAUGACUUGUCCCAGAAAGUCUGGCAAUGGCUACCCAAUGGCCCUGGGUAUCAUUACGACCACGUAUUGCCGUUUGAGCCAAGACUGGACGGACUGGUUUGACGAGCCUCUUAUGUAUCUUCUGUCAAGGGUGACUCAAAUGCUCCUCACUCUUUCUUCCAUGAAGAGUUUUGGUCGAUUUCAGCUUUACAUUGGGCAAACGCAAGAUAUUGCCAAGUAGCUGUGGCAUUUUUGAAUCAGGAUAUUUACUACUGUUUCAGAUGUCGGGGCUUUACUUUAAUUAUCAUUCUUCUUUUUUUACUUCUUCUUAUUGAGGAUCACAGAGCACAGUGCUUCCCGGUUGAAGGAUCUUUAAUUUGUGGCUAGGGAAUUUCUAGUGUGGUAAAACUUCACAAACCUGGAGUUACGCAAUGGAUGGACCGCAAAAUGCACCUUUUUCUAUCAGCCUCAAUGGUGCUGCCAGUUUGUCCAGUGAUGCCGCCUGAUUCUGAUCAAAACCUUUGGCUCGAUGAUCGUACUCAAAUACCCGUUUUGUCCACUAGAUCCGUGUUUUUUCUUCGCUAUCCUGUGUUAGCUAUGCUGGAUGAUUAAGAAACCGAGUUGUGCGUAAUAUAUGGGCAUACAAGCCAUCAUGAGGUCCAACAGUGGAUAUGGUUCACAAUUUUCUGUAUCAAAUAGUGGAUUUGCAAUCUGCUGUA